AAGAACUUCUAUUUGUGCCAGUUAGUUUAAUCAUGCUUUCCGGAGGUGUUGCUACGUAUUCAAUUCAGAGCUGUGAACGCUUUGGUAUCUUAAACUUUGAUGUGGUGUGGAAAAGCGCUGACCACUGUACAGUAUCUUAAGCCUUACGCAAGUUAAUUCUUAAUCCAAGCUGUGAAUAAAUUGGGAUGAGUGGCUCAUAGAAGGUAUUCCAUUCUCCAAACUGUUCUCUUGCCAAUCUUGUCCGACAAGCUAUUCUUCCAAGGACACAGUCUGAUCAAUACUGUCAAUGAAAUCUCAAAAUUUGUAUGGUCUCUUUUCACAUUCAGUGAUUUUGAAUCUAAGCAUUGAUCUUUAAAACCAUUUUGACAGAUGGUAGAAGUCGAUGCACUGAAUACAUGCUUGCACAAGUUUUGUCACAGGUGGAGUUUAGCAAACCAGCUAAUACCGAACAUUCUUCCAUUCAGGGUGUCAAACGCAAACACAAAGAGAAGGAUGAUGGCAAAGCUUUCCCUAACGAUGAUGAAGAUGAGGAUGAAGAUAAAAUUACAGAAAGGAAGAAUAAUAAAACUGCUAAAUGCAUUGCCUUGGAGGUUUCUCACGAGCCCACUCUUCCACUUAAAGUACGAACAAAUUCCUCCAAGUCUCACGAGUCAAUCACUGAAACUGUGGGCGCUUCUUCUAACUUGCAAAGUUCUCCCUCUGUUGGAGGUUCAUCAACCACGUGGGCUAGAGCGAACGUAAAGCUACUGACGUCUUCCUUUCUAUUCCGAUUGACUCUGUCAAUGUUAAUUUUAUAUUUCUUUCUGGCCGUUACUUCCAAAUUCAACCGUCAGUUGAUUUUCAGAACCAAACCAAUACACUCUUUUCCAUAUAAAUCAGACUUAUUUGAUGUUAAGCCUGAUAAGGAUUCCAGUCUGCCAGUGGAUCUGACAGGGACCGAUACUACUGGCAUCUCUCCAACGACGGAGCAAGGUGAUAUGCCAUUUGACAGGGCAUCGACUAUCCCUUCUUUGGCAACAAUUGUUCCUGCUUUGCCUCCUCCUGCUGCUCGACCGAAGCCGUCAUCAGCAACAGAUGAAGACAGAACCUCUAUUAAUGCUGAGGCAGAUUUAUAUGGUGACGAUGAGGAGUCUCUUUUCUUGAAGAUUGAGUCUCUGUUGAGUGGCGACACAGGAAAGCAAAAUACUGGUGCAGGGAUGUCACGGUCAAGUCAAUCUGAUCUUCAAGCAUACCAGAAAGCAUCACAAGAGGUGGAAAAUAUAAUGAGUCAGGGGCUCCUGGCAAUUAUGUUUAAUCCCAAGCUACUUGGCCAUUUGCAAGAAUUAUUAAACUUCUUAGUUGAACACGAGACGCCAGAGGUCUCUACUUUUGGACAUGUCUAUCUCAAAUUGCAGCACUUCAUUCAGUCUGCAGGCGACUCCCUCUCUUCCCAACGAAAGAUCCUUACAGAAUGUGAGAGGUUUGAAAGAGAGUUCAAAAAGGAAAAUAAUUUUUUGGAGUAUGACAAGGAUGAAGUUCUUUUGCUCAAGCAGCAAAUUGAAGAAACGGCUAAGAGUGUGGCUGACAAUGAGCAAUUUAUUGCCAAACUUCAAGCAGAGAUUGAGGCACGCAAGCUCCGACUUGAAAAUGCGAAGUCAGAACUGUCAUCAUUGUUGACAAAGAGAUCAGAGAAAGUUAAGGAACUGAAGACUAUGUUCAAGCGGGUCCUUAGUAUGAAGAGCGAGAAUCCAAGCAUGGAAAAGAAGAGAAAUCAAGCUGAGGAAACGAUAGGCAAAAUCAAUGUAGAGUGGAACGAAUUGCAUGCAAAUAUUAAAGGCCGAUUGGCCUCUAAGUAGGCUGGCACUCUUAACUUUCUUUUAUUUGAAUCUUCAUGUAUUGAACUUUUCCAUUCUAGCAGAAAACCGGUUUGGAGUUUCCAUCCUAGUUAUUUGUCAUUUCUGAAAGCGUGAAACAGAGUCUAUCGAAACAAAGAGAACACUUGCACAAGCGACUGCGCUUUGAAGGAAAACCAUUUGAGUAAGAGAAUUAGUGUGCUCACCUUGCAAACUCAGCAUGCCGCUCGGCUUGGUCUGCAGUCUUUGAAGGCUCCCUGUUGGAAGAUAUGCCGAAGAUCCACCAGAUUACGUCGGAUAUAUCUUUGAGA